UGUUCCAGUAACAAAUAUGGCGGCGUGGUGUGUCCUUAGCUUCCACUGACAGUGUAGUGCUCAUAAUAAUUCCCGGCUCUUGGAAGUGACGUCGUGUCAUUACUAGUAUCCUCUGAGCCAUGGAAGUAUUGCGUCCCACUCUGAUCAAUAUUGGAGGGCGUAUAUACAGGAAGAACACCAUUCGAGAGGUGUCUUACCAGAAUGAGGAAGAGGAUGAUUUUUACAGAGAAUCCGAGCAGUGUAUAGAUGAGCCCUGUGAUGAUUUCACCAUUAGGGAAACUGAGAAGGGGUUCCAGUGCUCCAUAGAUCUUCCUAGUCAACUUUUUAAGUACAUUAUAGGUAAGAAAGGGGAGACAAAGCGAAACCUGGAAUCCGAAACCCGUACUUCUAUCAGUAUUCCCAGGCCAGGGUUGGAAGGUGAAAUUGUCAUUGCAGGUCAAAACCGCAAUGGGGUUAUUUCUGCAAGGACUCGCAUUGAACUUUUAUCAGAGAGUUUUCGGAAAAGGCAGCCAUUCACCCACUUUUUGUCCUUUGCACUCAACCAGCCAGAAAUCCAGGAGAGGUUCUUACAGUUUAAGGAAGAGGUUCUGUUGAAGUGCUGCAAGGACCGUGGGGUAGAGAGUACCAUUUUCCAGAACCCAGCAAAGCUUCAUCUGACGAUAGGAACCCUGGUUUUGCUGAGUGAGAAUGAAGUGACACAGGCUUCUCAGCUGCUACAGAGCUGCAAAGAGGAAUUUCUUGACAAAAUUGUUGCUGGGAAGCCACUGCAGGUGAAAGUCUCUGGAAUAGAAUAUAUGAAUGAUGACCCAGCAAUGGUGGAUGUCCUAUAUGCCAAAGUGCAAAUGAAGGAUGGAUCGGGAAGGUUGCAGCUCAUCGCAGAUCGCCUCAUGCAGAGAUUUCUGGGCUCGGGGCUUAUGCUGAGAGACUGGGACAAAGUAAAACUUCAUGCUACAGUUAUGAAUACACUGUUCCGAAGAGACCCCUUAGCUGAGGACAGAAGCACCAUAUCCCCAGGAAAGCCUGGCCAAAGAGAAAGGGAGUCAUUUGACGGCAGGAAUCUUCUGAAGCUUUUUGACAAUUUCUAUUUCGGAGAACUCAGCCUGGACACCGUUCACCUUUCUCAGAGGUUCUCUGCUGAUACCUCUGGCUACUACACGUCAUCUGGACAAGUCCGAUUGUUCUGAGGAAGUUGCCUGUCCGUAACCUGCGUAAUAAUCUAUGGUUGGAUUGUGAGAGAUUAGAUGGCAUCUGGAGGUUUUUGUUU